AUUAAAUCUCCAAACAACUCAGUGCCUUAGCAACAUUUUUAUAACAAUAACAACUUACAACAACUAAUAUUAAAUAUUUAUAAUAAAACUCAAUGCGCUUAGCGGAAAAUUUGCAAAAUUUAUGAAUUCAUCGCCGGAGCAUAAACAAUUAAGUGCUGACCUACACAACAAACAUACAAUAACAAUUGCAAAAUAGCUUCAAUACUACAACAACAAUCGAUGAAUAACAACGAUAGCACAGACAACACCAACAACACAAAUUUAACUAACCACAUAUACACAACAUUUUAUGGAACAACAAAAUCCAUUUUGGAAUAGCAAAUAUGUUCAGCUCCACGGAUGUGGCCGCAGUGCGUCAUGUGGUGCAACGCAUUUUGGUGCCAUGUGUUUUUGUAAUCGGUUUGUUGGGCAAUUCGGUGAGCAUAUAUGUGUUGACCAGAAAACGCAUGCGUUGCACAACAAAUAUUUAUCUCACCGCUUUAGCUAUCACCGAUAUUAUUUAUCUCACAAUGGCGCUGCUGCUAUCGCUCAAACAUAAUGAUUAUGUGCAGCGUAAUGUGGAGAUAUAUUGGAAAUGUUAUGGUUAUAUAAUGUGGCUAUGUGAUGCGUGUGCGUAUAUUUCCAUUUACAUUGCUGUGUGUUUUACGAUCGAACGAUUUAUUGCUAUACGUUACCCGCUUAAACGGCAGACAUUCUGUACGGAAUCGUUGGCUAAGAAAGUCAUUACAGGCGUCGCACUCUUCUGUCUCUUCUCCACCAUUUCGACAUCUUUCGAGCAUCAGUAUCGCAUCGUUAAGAAAUCAAUUGAUAUCCAUGGGCAGGCGUGUAAUAUAACGCAAGCGAAUGCGCCCGAGCGGCUGUCAUGGCUACAACUGAAUUACAACGAAAGUGUGCGACAGCAGCAACAACAACAAGAACAUCGAGAACAGCAACGAGAAGACAACGAGCCACAUUUACCGUUACAACAUUAUAUGCCAUUGCCAAAAUCACCAACGACACCACAUAUCGAUUUCGAAGGUAGCGGUCAAUCUGCUGCCGCUGCUUCUGCGCCUGCCACAGAUGAACGCACAGACCACACCGAGCAACACCAACACCCACACUGGCAUACACGUGCCGUUGUGGACUACCUAGCAGCAACUGGGGCAGCAGCGAAUAAAGAGAACAAUUUGGUCAACAGAGGCAGCAAUAAUGAAGAAGAUGGCGGAGGUGCGGUAGGCGGUGGUGAGUUGCGUCACGCGUGGCAGCCUAAACCGGAUGUAAUAUUGCGUCGAUUGAAACGUACAGUGCAGGCGAGUGAAGCAACGGCCAACACAGGCACGACACACAUGUCGGCUUACAAGCCUUCAACAUCACCAACACUUAUUUCCUUAGCUACUACACCUUUGCCGCUAGUGGCGUUAACAACUGGCUGGACGAGGUCAACGACAACGCUUGGUUGGAGCAUGCGAGCAGCAGAAACGGUGACAACCGAGACGGUAGAAGUGGAAGCAAAAGCAGUAUUGCAACGAGGCACACGCAGUGUCGAGAAACUCAAAGGCGGUCCGAUUCACACAGCAGCUGAGACAAACAUUCCCAGAAUGGUUACGAACUUCUUCUCCUUAGAUAACCGACCAGAUCUCUUACUGGAUUCCGAAUUUCUAGUGAGCGCAGCUACGCCGCUUAAGGGCAACGAUGUGGAAACUGAACCAAAAGCAGCCGAACUGCCUGAUGGCGUUGAACAAGAACAGCAGUUUGGCGAUUUAUUGGAUAUUGAUGGCUGGACAGCAGACGAGGAGCCGGUGCGCGAAGUGCAUGAUGCGGAGGAAACAGUGUUUUUUAAUAUCACAGAAUAUUGUAAGGAAGUCACCUACUUCGUCAACAGCGUCUCGGAAUUGGGCGAGAAUGCAACAUAUACACGCCUGUGGUACUUUUUCACGCUCUUCGUCUUCGUGCUUAUACCGUUAUUACUAUUGGGCACCUUUAAUUGUUUCCUCAUCAUGUUGGUGCGUCGCUCGAAGAAUUUACGUGGCGAAAUGACGAACGCGAAUAGUAUACGACGUUCACGAAUGAGCGGCAAAGGGCCACGCAAAUCUCACUCUUCAUCCGUCUCGCAGGAGAAUCGCAUAACGGUUACACUCAUCGCGGUUGUUUUACUCUUCAUCAUUUGCCAGCUGCCAUGGGCGAUCUAUUUGAUCGUUUCGGAAAAUGUCCAAAUCGAUAACAAUUUACAAGCAAUUAUUGGUAAUAUUUUCAAUUUUCUUGCCGCUUUGAAUGCGGCAGCGAAUUUUUUCCUCUAUUGUGUGCUCUCCGAUAAAUAUCGGAAGACGGUACGUGAGCUCAUAACGGGUUAUAAGUAUCGUGCACAUGCGCGUAAUACCACGGCCACGACGAGCUUGUAUGCGAGUACGCAUGCGGCGCAUUCCGUUAAUGGUAGUCGUCGUUAUCGACCGGCGGCCUCGUCGAUUGUGCUGAAGUAAGGGGUAGUGUGGUAGAAUUGAGGCGGUUUGGAGCGAAGUUAGCUCUGUUGAGGCAACGUGCGCGAAUUUGAUUAUUUUUUGUAUUUAAUUUAAUUUAGUUUAAAAUUUGUGUGUUUAUCGAAUUAUUAUUGUUGUUGA